AUGUCAUCAUCUCAUGAUGGUUUUGUUGUUGUUGCUCUUACUACACUCGGUUUUGUUCUUGAAUUGCUUGAAGGAGUUGGACAAUUGUUGGAUAUUGAGUCGUUUCUCUCAGUUUUAUGGUCUCAGUCCCAAAUCUGUGGCCUCGCUCUUCAACUCUUCAAAAAUGCUAGCUCGUGUCGUGCUCAGCGUCUUCACGAGAUCCGUCAAGCUUUCCGUCUAUCUCCUAGGUUUUCUCUCUCCUUCUCCACUGCGUUGAACUACCACCUUGAUUCUCCUGAUAACAAUCCCGACCUUCCAUGGGGUUCUCUGAUGCGAAAAAAAGAAAAGGUUAGGGAGAUAUUAUCUCACUAUCCAUCCAAUUACAAGCAAUCUGCAGUUAUUCCUCUGCUAGAUCUUGCACAGCAGCAGCAUGGAGGGUGGCUUCCUGUUUCUGCUAUGAAUGCGGUGGCUAAGGUCAUAGAAGUUGCUCCUAUCCGUGUGUACGAGGUUGCUACAUUUUAUUCAAUGUUCAACCGAACAAAGGUGGGCAAGUACCACUUAUUGGUUUGUGGUACAACACCUUGUAUGAUACGUGGUUCACGUGAAAUUGAAGAUGCAUUAUUGAAACACUUGGGAGUCAAGCGCAAUGAAGUAACAAAAGAUGGUUUGUUUUCCGUUGGAGAAAUGGAAUGCAUGGGAUGUUGUGUAAAUGCUCCUAUGAUUACAGUGGCCGAUUACUCCAAUGGAUCAGAAGGAUAUACUUACAAUUAUUAUGAAGAUGUGACCCCAAAACGAGUUGUUGAGAUAGUUGAGAUGUUAAGAAGGGGGGAGAAGCUACCGCCUGGCACUCAAAAUCCGAAUCGCAUUAAGGGUGGACCAGAAGGAGGAAACACUACUUUGCUAAGUGAACCAAAACCUCCUCCAUGCCGUGAUCUUGAUGCCUGCUAAAGUUGGGUACAUGCGUCUCCAAUAAUGCAAAGCUUGGAAGUCGUCAGGCUUGUGUAGGUUGUAUGCUCUUUGAAUUUGUUCAGCUCAACCAUUUUUUUAUACCUGCCAGUUUGAUUUCUGGUAGCUGUUCAGUUUUAUACAACUCCCAUCUUAUUUCAAGUUAUGAGAUGACUUGUUUAACUUUAAGUUGGAUUAUCAAUGUGGAUGCCCCAUUGUCCCUGUUAUAUUGCUGGAUAGUGGUAUAGUUGCCAUUAAAACACCCAUGUGCUUUUGCAAUGAUGAGAAGAGAACGGAUUUUCGGAGUUGCCGCGGCUUUAUGCUUCAUGAUACGUAUUUUAUAAGCACCACUAAAAUGUGGAUCAGCGGGAUUGUCUCCUCUAAUAUGACUGUCAUUGUCGAAGGGCUUAGGUUUUUCGUAUAAAUAAAUUUAGGCUUUCUCAAUUUGCAGUGAUUAUGUCUGUUGAAUUUGCACAUUGCCGCAGCAUGUGAAAGUAACUCCCACUAGAUGAACAAAGUCUGAUGAUAAAUCAUUUUGACCGAUGAGGAACUCUUAUCUGUAUUA